GAUAAAUCAACGGAGAUUAAAUCCGCCACGUGUAACCUUUUAAUCGGGAAGACGUUUCCGCCGUAUAUUUGUGAUGCGCUGAUCGGAUUCCGAAAUCGGAGAGGAGAAAAGGACGGGGAAGCCAUGGAGGAGAGGACGGGCAGAGGCCGAGGAUUAGGGCUUCGGCCGGCGAGGAAAGCCCUAGAUCCUUCGUCUUCCAUAUGGAAACCCAUGAGAUCUUGUCCCGCCAGGGAUCCUAAAGAAACCUCCGCUGAAGCAUUCCGGGAAAGGAGUAAUCCCCACCUUGAUGAUGACGACAAUCUCCGGUCGCCAAAUUCCCCCUACUUGGUCGGGACCUGCCCCGAUAUGUGCCCAGCGAAGGAGAGAGCUCAGCGCGAGAGUCUCAGAGAUUUGUCAGUGUUUGAGAGAUUGAAUGGAAAUCCUGCAAGAACUUCUCCCCAUCUUGCUGUGAAGAAGUUUUGCAGAACUAUCUCCACUGUAGACAUACAGGAAUCAGAUAUACGGUCUCCUCCAGUGUUACAAAGAACAUUGAAACAUCUUAUAAACUUGGUGAACUCUGAAGAGCAUCCAUUUGAAGUUGUUCAUGACUUUGUUUUUGAUAGAACAAGGUCCAUUCGACAAGAUCUCAGUAUGCAGAACAUUAUUGAUGAUCAAGCAAUUUCUAUGUAUGAGGAAAUGGUCAAGUUUCACAUUGUGUCACACAAUAGACUUGCCAUGCAUUGGGGGAAGUCUGACUUAUCUUCAUUGUGCCACCUCAACAUUGAGCAACUGAUGAAAUGCCUCCUUACUCUUUUCAAGUUGUACGAUCUUAAUAGAUUAUCGAGGUCACUACACACGAAUGAAGCUGAGUUUUACUCAUUUUUUGUACUUCUGCAUCUAGGGGGUAAGAUCCCAAAAAUGCAGGGUGAUUCACUUUCUUUAUGGUAUCGCCAACUAUCUCUUCCAAUUCUUCAAUCAAAGAAAAUGCACUUUGCGAGGGCUUUGAUGAGGUACUCUCAAAUGGGCAACUACAAGCGUUUCUUUUGUAGCCUGGAAGCUGAAGCAUCAGACCUGCAGUUGUGUCUUGUGGAACCUUUUCUCGAUGAGAUUCGUGCACAAGCAAUCUCACAUGUCAAUUACAGUGGGUACAAGCUUCAUCCUUACCCAUUGAUGCAUCUAUCAAAAAUCCUGAUGAUCAAGGAGUCUGAGCUGGAGGACCUGUGCCAUGUUUGUGGCCUUGAAACAAGCAUAGAUGAAGCAGGAAUGAAAGCAUUACCUGUUAAACAAACAAAAUUCAGUUUGCCUAAAUCAGGAUUUCGGAGCUAUUGCCUUUCUGCUAUUGAUGAUGUCAAGAGGAGGAAGGAUUUAUGAUUCAGAAAAAAAAGGCUCUGGCAGUUAUCAAGAGUUUUGGGUAUGCUGAACAUAUAUAAAACCAUCCUUUCAGCUCUUUCUAUUGGAUUGAAGAUUUGAAGCUUCAAAGAGAACAUUUUGGUGUUACUGUACCUAAAUAUCAGUGUAAUUGCUCAUCACUUUUUAGAGUUUGACUGUAGUAAAGUGUAAGAUUUCAAGAGGGAACCAAAAUGUAACAAUGAAAGGGAAAUUUCAAGUGAUAAAUGGUUGUGCUAUUAGCAGCAUUUAUGUUAUA